UGUCGCCCCUGGACGAGACGACUUCCGGGUCGCAGAGGCCGCCUUUGGCGGCGCAAACAUCCGUGUUUGCUGGUGUCCAGUCUAUGGAGUCAGUUGGCGCGGAGGCAGGAGGCGGUGUCCGAGUGGGGGCCGCUGCCCCGCCAGGAUGUUUCCGGGCCUGGCCGCCGCCGUCGCGGCCCAUAGGUGCAGCUGGGCUGCGUUGUGCCGGCUCCGUCGCAGCCGGCCAGAGGCCAGCGGCCGCAGCCAGGAAUGGAAGAAUCUGAUGACAUUUGGAAGCUUUACAUAUGUGGUUCGCAACAAUCACCCACACAUCUAUACUCUAAGUCAAGUCAAGUUGUACUCUACGAAUGUCCAGAAAGAAGGCCAGGGAUCGCAAACUCCAAGAGGUGAAAAAAUUCCAUCAUUUAAUCAAACAGAAACCAUAGGUGCGGAACUCAAAGCUCCACUUAAGCAAGACCCUCUCCAAGUAAGAGUCAAAGCAGUCCUUAAGAAGAGGGAGUAUGGAUCAAAAUACACUAAGAAUAAUUUCAUCACUGGAGUAAGGGCGAUAAAUGAGUUCUGUCUUAAAUCCAGUGAUCUAGAACAACUUCGAAAAAUCAGACGACGAAGUCCCCAUGAUGAUACUGACUCCUUUACUGUAUUCUUGAGAUCAGAUGUGGAAGCAAAAGCUCUGGAAGUUUGGGGAAGCCUUGAAGCUCUUGCCAGAGAGAAAAAAUUACGCAGAGAAGCAGAAAUAGAAUACAGAGAACGACUGUUUAGAAACCAAAAGAUACUAAGAGAAUAUGGUGAUUUCUUGGGAAAUACCAAGCCACGCUCCAGGACAGCAUCAGUAUUCCUUAAGGGACCAGGAAAGGUGGUGAUGGUUGCCAUUUGCAUCAAUGGUUUAAACUGUUUCUUUAAAUUUCUUGCCUGGAUUUAUACGGGUUCAGCAAGCAUGUUCUCAGAAGCUAUACACUCAUUAUCUGAUACUUGUAACCAGGGUUUACUAGCAUUGGGCAUCAGUAAGUCUGUUCAGACACCAGAUCCUUCUCACCCGUAUGGAUUUUCAAAUAUGCGCUAUAUUGUAUCGCUGAUUAGUGGUGUUGGUAUUUUCAUGAUGGGUGCAGGACUCUCUUGGUAUCAUGGAGUCAUGGGAUUGCUUCAUCCUCAACCAAUGGAAUCCCUUCUAUGGGCAUAUUGUAUUUUAGCAGGAUCUUUGGUGUCUGAAGGAGCAACACUUCUUGUUGCUAUAAAUGAACUUCGCAGGAGUGCUCAGGCAAAAGGAACAUCAUUUUAUAAGUAUGUCAUGGAAAGUCGUGAUCCUAGUACCAAUGUUGUAUUAUUGGAGGAUACCGCAGCUGUCUUAGGCGUGAUAAUAGCAGCCACUUGCAUGGGCCUUACUUCUAUAACAGGCAAUCCGUUGUAUGACAGCCUAGGUUCUUUGGGUGUGGGCACCUUACUAGGUAUGGUCUCGACAUUUCUCAUCUACACUAAUACAGAAGCACUCUUAGGACGAUCCAUACAACCAGAACAAGUACAGCGGCUUACUGAACUCCUGGAGAGUGACCCAUCAGUAAGAGCAAUUCAUGAUGUGAAAGCCACAGAUCUAGGAUUAGGCAAAGUAAGAUUUAAGGCAGAAGUUGAUUUCGAUGGACGUGUUGUUACAAGAUCAUAUUUGGAAAAACAAGAUUUUGACCAAAUGCUUCAAGAAAUUCAAGAAGUGAAAACUCCUGAACAACUAGAGGCCUUUAUGCUUAAACAUGGAGAAAACAUUAUUGACACUCUAGGAGCUGAAGUAGAUAGACUGGAGAAGGAACUGAAAAAACGAAAUCCUGAAAUUCGGCAUGUGGAUUUGGAGAUACUGUAAGUUGGCUGGAGUGAGUCACUUUGUUGGGGACUUGGAAACAGGUUUGUUCAGCCACUCUUUAAAGCUGUUUCCAGCUUCCCACACUAAAGAGGAAUCGGCGCCAUGCAGAAGUCAUGUUUUUCAAGAUGGAUGAAAUGUGAAAAGAGGCUGAACUGGCCACAAGACUGAAGCGCCUUUCUUUGAAUCAUGUUAUCAAUGUUCAGUGGAGACAUUUUGGCUGCUUCAGUCCAUAUAUUUUCUCACCUUUCCAGUCUGUAUUGUACCUUGAAAUCAUGUUUUCUUUCUUAACAUGGUAAAAAUAAGCAACACCCAUAAAAUCAUAACUCUCAUUUCUACUGAAGACUUCAGUCCAUCAGUAUCGAAUAUUCUGGCCAACUCUUGAUAUAUGGUUUAAGUCUAUUUUACCCAAUGUGGAAAUUACUUCUGUCUACUUUGUCAUUUGACCUGAGCACUGAAAAUCACUCUCCUGACUUUAUCAUCUGCAGAUGUUCAUUCCACAACUGGCUUAGUCACUGAGUGAGAGAAGGCAUUUCAGUUCUCUCUGUUAGAGCGUAGUAGUGACCAUUUUGUAAAAUUUCUUAUCUCUUUCACUUUUUUUUUCUUAUUUGAUUUAAUUUGUCUAAUGUUAAAAGAUAUAAUUCUAAGAUGUAUGACUUUUUUUUUUUUUACUGGGUUUAGUCCCAUAGUGUUUAUUUAGUGGGAAAUAAUGCGUUUUCAUAAAUGUUUUACCAUUCUGUAAAAUGAACUAGGAAUAUUUAUAAUUUUACAGGCAGGACAGCAUUUUGUGUUUAAUUUAUUUUAAAGAAAGCACUACUUAUAUAAAUCUGAACUGUGGGAUAUUUUUUGCUUUGAGAGAGAAAAGUAAAUCUCUUACACUGAAACUUACUUGUGUUGUGAUUUUGCAUAACGUAAUAGCCAAUUGUGUAUAUGUGGUACCUAGCAUAGUGUGUUGGCUGCAGGAUAUUACAAAAGCAGGUAGCUCCUGAUGACCAUAAGGUAUUACUUCAGUAACUGAAAAUGUAGUGAAAAUUUGCAGCUGUCUCCACACAGACAACUGGUGCAUACUAGGAUUUGCAGUAACAGUGAACCUCGUCCUUGUGAGCAGUGGCUGCUCUGAUGGGUGAGUGCUAGAUAGCAAUACACAGACUGUGAGUGCAGUGGCUCAAAACUUACUGAGAUGGAAGUCUGUGAACUACAGCAGACUGUGAUGAUGAAAACAAGAAAUAAAUCUCUGAUUAAAGGA